GUAGGGGGCUUUCUCUGAUUCCACUUGCCGGAAGUGUCUUUGCAGGGAGGCAUGGGCUGUUUCCUUGCGGCUGUUUUCCUGCGGCUGUUUUCCAUCUCUCUGUGCAACGCUGAAACAUGCCUCUGAGUCAGGGCCUCCAUUGAGCUGUAACAACACGUUAAUCAGAACGGCAUCUUCCUGAACAAGACUUUCAACAGGGGCCAGUAUGCUUCGCUUCAUCCAGAAGUUUUCUCAAACAUCUUCAAAGAUGCUGACGUACUCUUUCCCAGUGGGACUAAGAGCCAGCAGAACAGAUACACUUUCUCUCAAGAUGUCUCUCCAGCAGAACUUUUCCCCGUUUCCAAGGCCUUGGCUUUCUUUUUCAUUUCCAGUGUAUAUGAGCAAGACACAGUGCUAUCAUACAUCCCCCUGCAGCUUUAAAAAGAAGCAGAAAGCAGCAUUUCCAGCCAGGCCACCAAGCACCAUCUCUUAUCUGCCUGAGAGCCCAAAGCCAGCAUUAUAUAUAACUGUGGCAGGACUAAUCCCCUUCCUUGCUCCACCACUGGUCAUGCUGAUGACAAAAACUUAUAUUCCCAUAUUAGCUUUUACUCAGAUCGCUUAUGGAGUCAGUUUCCUAUCUUUCUUGGGUGGGAUCAGAUGGGGUUUUGCUCUACCAGAAAGUAGUCCAGCCAAACCAGAUGUCCUUAAUUUGGCUAACAGUACAACUCCUCUUCUGUUUUCAUGGUUUGCCUUCCUUUUUUCUGAAAAACUCGGUGAAGCAGAAGCCAUAGUCACAAUAAUAAUGGGUCUGGGGAUAGCAUUACACCUUGAAGUUUUUCUCUUACCACAUUAUCCCAACUGGUUCAAAGCCCUGAGGCUAGUAGUCACUUUAGUGGCCGCUUUUUCACUGAUACUCACUUUAAUGGUUAAAAAUGUUUUUUCCGAAAAAGGACAUAAGAAACCUGGUCAAAUAUAAAAAUACACUGUAGAUAACAUUAGUAUGCUGGUUACACCUU